AUGGGGUAUUCCAGCCACGGCUGCAGGACUGAAGUCUCGUCCUCGGCGGCAUCCCAACAUCCUCUCCGCCUCCGGCAUGCGUUGCAGACUUUGUGUGCUGCAACUUCGCCCUCCAGUGCAGAGUCUAGAGUGACAGGCCGCGGACUCUCAGUGCGCUCCCCCCUCGCCUCGUCUGCUCGGUCUUCUUGUUUGUCGUCUUCAAAACUCGCGACCUCCUCGCGCUCGUCGCCUCCAGCCUCGCGUGCCUAUUCUUGUCCGCGUGUCGCUUCGUUUGUCUUUCCUUCCUCUUCUGUCGAGAUGCCGGCACGAGCCGGUGCGCGCGACCUCCAGUGCGACGAGGCGCCUGUUUUCUCUCAGGCGGAUCCCUCUCGGGGCGGGGCCACGCCCCGCCCUGCCUCCUGCGUGGAGUCUCCGCAGGCGGCUGCCUCUAUGGGACGCCUCUCUCGUCUGUCCAGUCCUCAGGCUCUCCGCGCAACUGCGCGGCGCGGCGCGCUUCGCGUUGUCGCGUCUGCCUGCGCCUUGCUUUUUGUUUUUCUCCUGUCCUGGGCGGUGUCGCCCUCGCCGCCCGCGCCGCCAGCGUCCUUCCCCGUCUGGCUCCCCAGCGUCGCGCCUGUCUCCGCCGCUCCGGCGCGCAGCCAGCAGCUGAAGAUCGGCCCUGCGCAGGUUCUGUUGCCGUCGCCGCCGCCGGCGCCCGACGCACGGGUUGCCACGCCGUUGGUGUCUGUGCGCACGCUGUUGAUCGUUGAGCAGAACGGCGCGUCGCUUUCGUCCUCCUCUUCGUCGCCGUGUUUCUACUGGACGGCGCAGCACCCCGACACGAUUCGGCUGCUUCGCCCGGACUGCGCGCCUUCGCAGCUCUCGUCGGCGUGUCUCUUGCCCUCCUCUUCCUCAGCGGCCCUCUCGUCGCCGCAGGCCGCGCCGGCGCUGUGUCUCCCGCGUGUGCUUGUGGAGGCGGCGGUGCCGGCGCCGCACCGCCGCGGGCGCUCCUGGAUCUUCGCCUCGCCGACGGCGCAGGGCGGCGCGGGCGGACGCGCGGCCGCGGCCUCGGGCGUCGCGCCGAGCGCCAUGCGAGUCCAGGCGGUCGUCGCGCCGAUCGCGCGCCUCGCCUUCCGCACGCGCGACCGCCGGCUGGCUGUGGGUCAGUUGGGCGACGUGGGCGUGUUAGCGUUCGACGAGGAAGGAAACAUCUUCACCAGUCUGCAGGGGUUGGUCUUUUUGUGGCGCUUCGAGGGCGAGAAGGGUGUCCUGCAGGCGGAGCCCAUCACGGGCGACGCCGAGGCCGCGACGCCCACGCGGCGCUGGGUAGAGAAAACGAGCGAGAAGGCUGCCGGCGCGGGCGCCCGCGCGCGCACAGCCGACUCGGCGGGCGGCCUCGUGGGCGCGGGCAGCGCAGGCCCCUUCUGGCGCAGCGACAUGCUCCUGGUUCGCGGGCUGAAGACUGGACGUGCGACAAUCAUCGUCAGGCUCGCGGGCGAGUACUACCAGCACGUCGGCGAGGCGCGCGUCUCCUUCGUCGUCCACGAGCCUGUGCUGCUGCUUCCUUCGUUCCAAGUCCUGCCGCCGGCGGCCGUCUUUCAGUACCGGCUGCUGCGACUCCGCGAACAAGCCGAGAGCCAGGCGGGCACCGGGUUUCCGCGGGCGCUUCGCGGACCCUCCUACGUGGAGCUCCCCGCGCCGCACUGGCAGUUCUCCGCGACCGACCUGGCGGUCUACGACGCACAGGAUCGUCUGCCCCUGGAGCGCGCCACCGACGCGGCCUCGGCGGCCUCGUCCCUGGUCUCUAUCGACCCCUCUGGGCUCCUGCGCGUGGUCGCGCCGCCGGCGUUCCCUGGAGAGGGCGAGCAGGCGACGCGCUUCGGGCUCGAGGGCGCGACACUGCUGCGCGCCGUCGACAUGCGGACGGGCGAAGAGCAGCACGCCAAAGUCUUUGUGCUGCAGCCUUCCGCGCUGCGCCUCUUCGUGGAUGACAUCCAGGCCCUCAGGCAACAAGAUGUGUGGAGACAGCUUGUUCUCGCCGUCCGCAGGCAGAUGGGGCGAAGUGCGGGCGCCGACAGCAAGCGCGGGCCCCACUCGCGGACGGCGCGCGCCGAGGAGACGCACGCCAGCGAGCUGCUGCUUCUCUCGAAGCUCGCCGAGAGGGCCUGGGCUGCGCCUCCCGCAGGCGACGGCCGCCAACCCGAGGACGAGCAGGCCGAAGGCGCUGCGCUCGGCGACGACUCGCUCGGAGUUCCGCCCACGGAGCUGCUCAUGAGCCUCGUGAAGACCGGCGGCGAGGCGGAGGGACACGACGACGACGUCCUCUACCUCGUCAGGGGACGCGAGUACUUGUGCAAAGUCGAAAUGCUCGCUGCGAGCUUGUCGCAGGGCUUCGCGCCCCUCAGCGACGCCGCCGGCGACCCCCGAGUCCAGCGACCGCGAAGACCGCCGAGGACGGCGCGUCCCCAGCAGCCGAGAGCGUCGAGCGAGCCGCGCGUGUCUUCGGGGAUGCCGAGCGGGAUGCGCAGCUCCUCGUCGUCACGACGCCGAAAAACGCUGUCUUCCACUGGAGUUGCGCGAGCGAAGAGGACGAGGAGGACGCGAGCUGGGUCAGCGGAGACAGAGGGGAUGGAGGAGCUGAGCGAGGUGUCGGGAUCGGCGGAGACGCCUGCGGCCUUCAGAGGAAGGGCAGCGCCCAGCAGGUAG